ACGAAUCCGGGAUUUUUAUUUUUAUUAUUGAUAAUAUAAUCUUGAACCGUAUUUUCCGCACCUGCGACCGUGCACACAACACCGUCACCAGUGUGCCCCGUCAAAUCGGCUCCCCGAAAAGGAAUCACCGGUCAAGUACGCGACAGUAUCACCUCCAACCACCAGCCACCUUCGACUAUGGACGUGACCAAAGCGGUGGAGAUGUUGGAGAAGAUCAGGGAGGCGGUCAUGGCCCAGGGAUCGAUGGGCUGUCUCAUAGUGGACGACGUCCGGAAGGUGGGGGUCGCCCAACUGCGGGCUGAACCGAUACUUUGGGCAGCUUACUACCGGGGGUGGGCGGACCGGACCACCAACUUGGUGAGGUCGCUUGGCUCCUCGGCGGCGAGGUUACCGGGCACCUCGCCAACGACGAAACCACCGCGCCCAUCGACCCAUCACCGGGUCUCAACUACCAAGGCGAUGGGGUCGAAGCGCGCAAAACCAGCAACAGGCGCAGCACCGGCCGGCCGUUCCACACAGGUCACCCGUACCGCACCGGCAGUCCGUACCACACCGGCAAUACGCGGCGCCACCACCAACACGACCCCACCACGGCAAGCCACCAGCUCCGCAUGGCCUCAACGGGACGUGACUUGGGUGAGGCCGGCUCCGGGAUGUCUGUUAGUUCCGAGGAUGCCACCGGCAGACCCACAUCCACCGACGUUGGAGUGGAUGGGGAUGCCGGCCGCGUGGCAUACGUAGACUACCUGCCGACACUACCACUUGCACCUCCCUCCGACAAGCCAGGAUCACUGAAGCCCUGGCCAAAGCCUGCGAAGCCAGCCACACCAUCACCGACAACAUCAACGCGGUCGGCAGAACGGGCCAAGGAGUAGAGGAGGGAACACCAGUGGCAGAGGAGACGGCGGGCAAAAGCCGAGAGGGAAGGCCCGAGUCAGCAGUACCGGCUGACGAAGGCGACUCCCUCAGCUGGGUCGUCCACCGACCCGGAAGACCGGGAGUCGGUGCAGGUGUCAACACCGGUGCCAGGUGGUUUCGCUCAGGAACACUAACCGGAGCGAGAUACAAACCCGGGGGAAGCAAUGGAGGUCAUCACUUCAGUCAUCGCGUCAGAAAACUUCUAAAAUUCAGAUCAAUCUCUAAAAAUCUAAAAAUUCAAAUUUAUAUAACAUUAAUUCGUCUCACUAUCGGAUAUAUAAUUCAAGCACGUAGGAACAGAGAAAAACGGAAGAAGUUAAACUAGAUGUUUUUGAAAAAAAAGUAUAAUGACGAAAAUAUAGACCAUAUCUUGAUCCAUAAACCGAGGAAUGGAGAAUACGAAAUAGUGAAAAGUUCCAAAACAUAUUAUAAAGAUCAUAUCUAUCAAGUGAAUUUAUAGAAAAUAGGUUAAGGUAGGCUGAACAUGCCUGGAAGAAAUAUAAUUCAAUGGUAAAAACAGCAAUUGAAGAUGAUUCGGUAGGAACACGACACUGGACAGACAUCACCUGAGAUGAGAAGAUUUUGUGAAGAGGAAUGUUAUCCGAGGUGACAACUCAAGAGAAUUGGCUGAGGAUAAAGAGAGGUAAAGGUAUAUUUGUUGUACGGGAUGGUCUUAAAGUCCGGAAACUUCCCCCCACCCUCAAAAAAAUAAAAAAAUAUCCGGAACAUUUGUAUAUUGAAAUAUUUUAUUUUCAUAUAGCUCUGACACACUGUCACACUUGUCACGUUUGUUAGAUAUUGAACACAAAUAUGUAUCAGAAAAUUUAUAUUUGUUUAACUAUGUUGAUUGUAAUGACUAAUGUAUAGGUGUAAACAUUUAAUUAGAGCACCCAUCACUAUAUAAAAGUUAUCCUAUUCUCGCCAUAAAUUGUAUUAAUUUUAAUAUCUGUAUCAAAUGUUAAUUUUAUAAAAUAAUCUCAAU